GCCCUGAUCAGCUUCCUAAUAAAUUUGACUUGGCAAAUUUCCUUAACGAAAGUCCUCCAGUAAAAAUACCACUUGCACCUAAUCAUUAUUUCCAAUUUAAUACUAGCCUGGGCGGUAUAACUAAAGAAGAGCGAGAUACAUAUUUUGUACUAAGUACAGAAGCGGAAUGCACUUCACUUUAUUUAAGACUUAUAGCACCGUUAAUUUAUCCUCCCUCAUAUGGAAAAACUGAAGACUCGUAUCAUUGUUUAUGGGAUAGUGUUAUAAAAAAUACAAUAGAGACAUUUGGGAUGCAUAGCGGUCGCAAUCGCCCGGACAUGGUGGUAUUAGUGGGAAAUGUUUGUCCUUUCCGAGGUGAAGAGAAGUCCCGGGAAGACUCAAGAGAUCCUUCAAGUGAAUUGGUUGAUAAAAUCGAAGAUUGGUCUUACGGAGAUGCUCCAUAUAUAUUUGCAUACUAUGCUAUUGGUGUUCAAGUCACAUUGGUUAUUUUGUAUAAGCCUGAAAAUAAGAAGAGAAAACUGAACGUUUGUUCUGAAAAAAUUGCAGAAUUUGAUUUAGGACAAUUUCAAACAAUUUUUCGACCAAGUGGAACUGUUAUUGAACUUGGGUAUACAAUUAAAAAAAAAUUUGCGGACGAAAGGCGAGUUACUCAUUUAAAAGAAAUUUAUGGAAUGCUAA